AUGUCCCCGUCUCUAUCUUCCCCGUGGCCCCAAUCGCUGUGGCCUUACCGCUACACCUCCCUGACAUCUCAGCAGCUUCGCGAGCGGCGGGAACUCCUUUCGCUCCGUGGAAACUACGCACAGCUAUCUGCUCUCGUUCUGCUUCUGCUGCUCAGUGUUUAUAGAUUUGCAACAAGCAACCUCGGGACGAAGGGUAUCGAGAGGAGAUCCACGCUGGUAUCAGCAUGGCUGGAUUCUCCAUUCAUGUAUGGCGCGACGGAGAUGAGGAGACAUUAUCUCGUUGCGGCGGGAUGGUUGGUAUGGUUAUUGGCGCUCUCCGCCUGGAAAACGGGCGACGACCACCUUCAUCUUACUAGAUCCAUCGCCCACACGGCCAUGGCCACAACUCCUCUCCAUCUUCUUCUCUCGCCCAAACUCUCCCCAACUUUCAAUCCUUUCACUCAGGUCCUGUCACGACUUCUACACCUGCCCCAAACAUAUCUAACCCCCUACCACCGGCUCUUCGGCCGCCUCGUCAUUCCCACACUCCUCUCGCUUCAUGCAUUCCUCUACAUAAUGUUCUUUGUGCAAAAUGGGUUGCUGGAGAAACGAUUGAACGAUGCUGAUGUGCAGUUCGGUAUUGUAGGAAUCCUAGUCAUGGGGGCUUUGGUGGGCAUGAGUGGAUGGGUGAAGAAAAGGGGGUCUAGUAAAAGGGCCUCGGGAUCAGUGUCAAGAGGUACAGCGUAUCUUAUACAUGUUUCGUUGGCUAUGUGUUUGUUGGCGGUGGCAUACUGCCAUGUGGAGUAUGCGAGGAAGUUUGUCGUGCAAGCUGUAGGGAUUUAUGGGGUAGAUGUGGGAAGUUGGGUGAUUAAGAAGGUUGUUGAGAGGGAUGUGAUUAUGAGAUGA